GUGCUCUGUAUGGACUAUGAAUGCCUGUGUGUGGCUGCAUGGCGCCGCUGUUUGAGUUCAGUGAAGCUGUUUCUGUUUGUGUGAGGAAGCAUUUCUGACACGUUUUAGCCGUGGCUGAAUAAACAUGGGUCGUCGUUCUUCAGACAGCGAGGAUGACAGCCGCAGUCGGCGGAAGAAGAAGCACAGACGCCGCUCUUCUUCUUCUUCCUCCAGCUCAUCAGGCAGCAGAGUGACGAGCCGCAGCAAACAUUCCAGCAGGAGAAGUUCCCGGGACAGAGACAAGGACCGGGACCGGGACCGCGACAGGGACAAAGAUCGAGACCGUGAUCGAGACAGAGAACGAGAUCGAGACCGUGAUCGUGAUCGUGAUAGAAGGCGAAGGCACCGUUCCAGCAGCAGCUCCUCCAGAGGCUCCAUUCACAGGAGGCGGAGCCGCAGCACUGACAAAGGGCGGGGCCACAGGUCACGGAGGUCUCGCUCCCGCAGCCGUAAGAGGUCUCGCUCCCGCCACCGCAGAUCCCGCAGUCGCAGCAGUGGCAGAUCCAGCAGGAGGCGCAGCCGCAGUCUGAGCAAAGGCAGAGACCGUAGCCAGCGCAAGACCCGGGAGAAAGAUAGAGAGCGAGACCGGGACAGAGACAGAGACAGAGGGCGGGACAAAGAGCGCGAGAGGGAGAGCGAUGCAAAAGCCAAAGAGAAGGAAAAACAAGGGGACGUGGGGAACAUCAAAGCCGGAUUAGAACAUCUGACACCGGCUGAGCAGGCCAAGGUGAGACUCCAGAUGGUGCUUCAGGCUGCAGCUAAAACAGAUGAGAUCCUGAAAGCCAAGGAAAAGAAGGAAGAGGAAGCAAAGAAGAUGAAAGAGGAAGAGGAGGCCUCUCUCGCCGAGCAGGUGAGGCGGAUAAAGGAGAUCGAGGCCAUCGAGAGCGACUCCUUUGUUCCUCAGGCUUUCAAAUCAUCCCGGGAUGCCACCAAGGAAACUGAAAAUGUGGAGAUAAAAAAAGAGGCGGACUCCGAUGCUACAGAUAAAGAUGAGGUCAUCUCACUGCCCAUCGGAAUCAAAUACAACGACAGUGAUACACUCGCUCAUCACAGUUUGUUCAUAGACAAAGAAGAAGCAGAGAAGCUGUGGCUGAAUCGACUGCUGUCUCUGCGUCAGGAGAGGCUGAUGGGGAGUCCAGUUUCCUGACCACACCUUUCUAACCAGCAUCUCGGACACAUUCAACUUAUUUUUUUUAUACUCAGUAGACCCACAUGCCUGUUGGAAAUAGAAGAAUAAUUUGAAGGCUUUUUAAACUUUAGAUUUUUUAUUUUUGGAUGUAUAGUAUAGUUGCAGCGACAGUAUGUCAAACUAAUGCUGCAAAAUUAUAGGAAUCUGAAAGAAUGUGACAACCACUGGAAUGUGACUUUUAAAGUGAGGUGUUUUCAGUAAAUUCUGAUCAAUGUAACAGAUCAAAAUAUUAUGACCCCAUCUUUUUUUUUUUUUUUUUU